AUGGAGCGUGAUAUCUCCUCUACCUCGAACGAUCAUGGGUUCAAUAGCAGUGCAAGCGACCCUUUGACUGCAGUCGCCACGAGUCGAGAUCACCCUGAAUCGGACUACCCGGCCACAGCUGUGGACACACUAAGUCGCCGGUCGAGCAGGCUCAACGAUGUCGAGCUGGAGCGCAUCAAUACCUAUCGUCUCCAACACCGGUCGACCGUCGGAUCUGGCACGACAUUACCACCCGAAGAAUGGCUGCCGAUGGGUGCUGGGAAGUCCUACCCACCAGCCCUGCCGGACCCCGAACAAUAUGUGGUGGAAUUUACCGGCGCCGAUGACCCUCUGCAUCCGCAGAAUUGGCCAUUACGCCAGAAGGUCAUUAUAUCCGGUGUGCUGGCAUAUUCCACAUUUGUUGCGUCAUUCGCUAGCGCUAUCUUCUCGUCUGCUAUCGGUGAAGUCAGUCUCCAUUUCCACAUCAGCACUGAAGUCGCUAUCAUCGGUAUCACUCUUUAUGUUUUGGGGUUUGCCUCAGGGCCAACAUUCUGGGCACCAGCGAGUGAAUUGAUCGGACGAAAAUGGCCGAUCCUCGGGGGGUUGUUUGGUUACUCGAUCUUCACGGUUGCGACAGCAACUUCCAAGGAUGUCCAAACCCUCAUGCUGACCCGGUUCUUUGCGGGGUUUUUGCAGCUAGCCCGAUUGCUAUCGUCCCAGCUGUCGAUCGCCUUCUUUGCCAUGGCCGUGUUCGUGGGCCCCUUUGCUUCGCCGUUUAUUGGUGGCUUUAUCACGAUGUCCUACUUGGGAUGGAGAUGGACGAUGUACAUCGCCUGCAUUAUGGGCUUUUUGGCCACCGUUCUGUGUCUUCUCUUCCUCAAGGAGACAUAUGCGCCCGCUGUUCUUGUGGAAAAAGCCGUCAGGUUGCGCAGACAGACUCAUAACUGGGGCAUUCGAGCUAGGCAAGAGGAGGUUGAGCUGGAUUGGGGGGAGUUGAUCACCAAUAACUUCAGCCGGCCAUUCCGGAUGCUGUUUACUGAGCCUAUCGUCUUCUUGAUUUCUCUGUGGAUGAGUUUUGUUUAUGGCUUGAUGUACGCACUUCUCGGUGCAUAUCCCGUAGUCUUCGGCGGAAUUUACGGCAUGAACCUCGGAGUUGGCAGUCUGCCUUUUAUUGGGUUGAUUAUUGGCGAGCUUCUGGCCGGUGGAUAUACCCUCCUGAAUCAAACGUCUUAUGUCAAGAAGUUGGAGGCCAACAACAAUAUCCCGAUUCCCGAGUGGAGACUCCCGCCCUCUAUACUUGGGGGCGUGUGUUUCACUAUCGGGCUGUUCUGGUUUGGCUGGACCGGGUGGACACAGUCCAUCCACUGGAUGGCACCAACUGCGAGCGGAGUCAUCACCGGGUUCGGGAUCUACGUGAUCUUCCUGCAGUGUUUCAAUUACCUGGUCGACUCAUACCUCAGCUUCGCGGCGUCGGUGUUUGCUGCCAAUACUAUCAUGCGAUCCGCAGUUGGCGCAGCAUUCCCGCUAUUUUCAAAACAAAUGUUCAACAACCUAGGAGUACAGUGGGCUGGCACUCUCCUUGGUUGCCUUGCACUUAUCAUGGUUCCUAUCCCCCUGGCGUUUAUAAAGAUUGGCCCUGCCCUUAGGAAAAAGUCCAAAUUUGCUCCGAAUAUCGGGUCGAGUGAAAUUGCCACCGAGGCAAAGGAACCGCGGGCAUCCGUUUAG